AUGCCAAGAGAUGACAUGGAAUCCCAGUCAGGAUCUUUCACGAACAACGUGAUUAUGCCCAUGAUUGCGAAACUUGCAGUCGAACUUCACGAAGCAGGAGUAUCAUGCAGUGAGAUGUACCCAACGGUACGACGGCGAGUGCAGAACUACGUACUGGAAGAGGCUACACAAGAAGGAUUUCUAUGUGCCAGGCCGCGUCGCAGAAUAAGGCAACAGAAGAGAAAAGAACAGAACAGAAAGGGCUGCACAGAUGACAAGGGCUGCAUUGAUGACAACCGCCAAGAUGACAAGGGCUGCAGAGAUGACAAGAGCAGCACAGAUGACAGGGGCUGCAUUGAUUGCAAGGGCUCCGUAGAUGACAAGGCGUGCAAUGAUGAUGCCAAAAGCCGCCAAGAUGACAAGGGCUGCAGAGAUGACAAGGGCUGCAUUGAAUACAAGGGCUGCAAUGAUGAUGAUAAGGGCUUCACCGAUGACAAGGGCUACAUUGAUAACAAGGGCUGCAUCGAUGACAAGGGCUGCCCUGAUGAAAAGGCAUGCACCUAUGAAAAAGAAUGCACUGAUGACACGGGCUGCAAUGACGAUGACAAGGGCUUCACUGCUGAUGACAAGGGCAGCACAGAUGACAAGGGCUGCAUUGAUGGCAAGGGCUCCGCAGAUGACAAGGGCUUCGAUGAUGCCAAAAGCCGAAUAGAUGACAAGUGCUGCAUAGAUGACACGGGCUGUACAGAUGACAAGGGCUGCGCAUAUGACAAGGGAUGCAUUGAUAAAAAGGGCUGCAAUGAUGAUGACAAGGGCUGCACUGAUGACAAGGGCUGCACAAUUGACACGGGCUGCACAGAUGCCAAAGUCUGCGCAAAUAACAAAGGCUGUGCAGAUGACAAGGGAUGCACAGAUGACAAGGGCUGCGGAGAUGAAAAAGGCUGCGCAGAUGACAAACGCUGCGCAGAUGAUAAGGAAUGCACAGAUGAAACGGGCUGUGCAGAUUACAAAGCCUGCGCGGAUUACAAAGGCUGCACAGAUGACAAAGGCUGCGAAGAUGACAAGAAUCUCACAGAUGGCAAGGGAUGCACUGAUGACAAUGGCUGCACAAUUGACACCGGCUGCACAGAUACCAAAGUCUGCGCAAAUAACAAAAGCUGUGCAGAUGACAAUGGAUGCAUAGAUGACAAAGGCUGCGCAGAUGGCAACGGCUGCCUGGAUGACAAAGGCUGCAUAGAUGAGAAUGGAUUCACAGAUGACACGGGCUGUUCAGUUGACAAAGGCUGCGCAGAUGACAAAGGCUGCCUAGAUGACAUAGGCUGCGCAGAUGACAAUGUAUUCACAGAUGACAUGGGCUGUUCAGAUGGAAAAGGCUGUGCUCAUGACAAAUGCUGCACAUAUGACAAAGGCUGCACAGAUGACAAGGGAUGCACAGAUGACUCGGGCUGUGCAGAUGACAAAGAAUGUGCAGAUGACAAGGGUCUCACAUAUCACAAAGACUGCACAGAUGACAAAGGCUGCGCAGAUGACAAUGGAUACACAGAUAACAAGGGCUGCGCAGAUGACAGGGGAUGCACCGAUGACAAGGGCUGCACAGAUGACAAGGGAUGCACAGAUGACACGGGCUGCACAGAUGACAAAGAAUGCGUAAAUGAAAAGGGUCUCACAUAUGAAAAAGGCUGCGCAGAUGACAAAGGCUGUGCAGAUGACAAAGACUGUGCAGAUGACAAAGACUGCGCAGAUAACAAGGGAUGCACAGAUGACACGGGCUGCGCAGAUGACAAAGGCUGUGCAGAUGACAAAGACUGCGCAGAUGACAAGGAAUGCACAGAUGACAUGGGCUGCGCAGAUGACAAAGAUGAAAAAGGCUGCGUAGAUGACAAAGGUUGUGCAGAUGACAAAAGCUGUGCAGAUGACAAAGGAUGGGCAGAUGAAAAAGGUUGUGCAGAUGACAAAGGCUGCACAGAUACCAAAGGUUGUGCAGAUGGCAAAAGAUACGCAGAUGAAAAGAACCUGCAGCCAUAUAAGGAAGACGCCAAUAUUGGCUUUACAAAGAAGAAGGCCUCGGACACAGGAUGGCAACUCAUUAAAAGAAUCCGUGCAGUAUAA